CCCCCCACCUUCUUCUCCUUUUUGUAACCCCUCGGCUGGUCUGCAACCAGCCACGCCACCGCUCGUCUCUUUCCGACGCCAUCUCAAGGGGCUGCAGUCGGUAAACGCCCUUUUCCCUAUUCCUGUAUCUCAAUAGGUUCUGUUCUGUGAGCUCCAUCCGAUCGCCGACGUUUCAGAUCAGGUCCGCCCUGGAGUCUGCGGUGUGCGAAUUGUAUUGCCGUCAGAAGCCCCUGCCGGUUGCCGAAGUUUUGAAUUUUGGGUAAAUAAAAUAAAAAAGAAGAAGAAGAGGGAGCACAUAGCAGCUGACAGUCACACCAUAAGAGAGGGAGACGGCGAGUGUGAGAUUGACGGCGCCCGGUGUCACGGGCAUAUUUGUGCAAGGUGUUGUUUGCCUAUGGCCGUAUGCCCGAAUACCCCAAAAUCGCUUUGUCUUUAUGUCUUAACGUGAAGGAAGGCUACAUCAUACCGUGAGUUUGUCCGUGGAUUUCGAAUUUUGAACGGCUGACUUGUUGACCGAGCAGAACAAGUGCUGCACAAUCGUGUUUGAAGGGCUAGAUUGUGACACCCGGCGGUUGCUCUUGUUUGGUGUUCUCGGUGUGUCUCGACGGCGUAUUCCAGCAUAUAGAGAGAGCAUAGCAGCGUGCAUUUCGGCAGUGUCUCUCGGGCGGUUGGGUCACGUUCUUCGGGCAGAGGCAGCGACUUUUUUGACAGUUACGGCGACGGGCAGCGACGGCGUGUGUUGGGUUCCGACGGGUUUGGUUCAAUUUCGUCAUUGAGUGUUAAUCCAUGUUUGGGUCUUGUUUCUGGGAUAUUUUUGAAGCUUUCUAUUCUCAGAUUUAGAGUGGAGGAACAAACUAGUUGUGCACAAAAAUGACGAUACGACGGAUGAAGAUGGCCAUGACAGAUAACCCAAAGAAGCUCGCAAACUUGAUUGAUCUCGUAAACCUUCCUUCAACUCUCAGGGAGUUUGUGGGACAGUCCCAAAUUUCUCGUCUUGGCUGUUUCAAGUGUGUGUGGUCAUAUAUUAAAACCAACAACCUUCAGGAUCCCACCAACAAGAAUGUGGUCGUUUGUGAUGAGAAGUUAAAAAGUAUAUUGCUAGGCAAGCCCAAGGUUGAACUAGCCGAACUUCCUGCACUGAUUAAAUUACAUUUCCCCAAAAAUCCCAAGUGAGCUAUGCUUGCAGUUUAGCCUCUGGCAGCUCGGAAUGAGGUCUUCAAGUCAGUCGCCAAUGGUUAGAAUGUUUAGCCUCAAUUUUGUAUAAUUGUCCUACUAGGUUUUUUUUUACUAUGUGUUAAAAUAAACCUUCAACGCUACUUUUGUCAUUGUAAUUUUGGUUCAUAUACUUUUAAGAAAGAUUUAGAGAAAAUACUUAGUAUCA